AUGUCAGUUGUGGUUUUCCUGCUCUACAACGCAGUUACUCAAAAAUGUCCUGCAAGUGGAAGAUUCGAGAGCUCCAUCAUUGGCUGGAUGCUACGGGGACACGUAUACGACACUGUUGUCGCUGAACUUCCGUUUACAUGCGUAUUCAAGUGUCGCGAAGACAAUCGAUGCCAAAGUUUUAACUGGGUAAUCUCUCUUCUCACCUGCGAGUUUAACAACAGAACAAAGGAAGCCAGGCCUGAGGACUUCAUUCCAAACCCAGAAAGAUCUUACUAUCCUCGAGAUUUAAAGCGAGGUGAGCCAACAUACCAUGAGGAAGGGGAUCUCCCUAUAAUAGCCUAUCGGGGAAGGGACCGACUAAAGACUAAAGAAUAACCUAGCUUAAAUAGCUAGGGAAAAACUACACUUCAGCGCUUAAUACACUAUUUAUAGCCCCCUCAUUUUUAGCUUCCCACGCGAAAAAUAGAAUGUUCUGGGUUCGAUUCAUUUUUUCGUUUUAUUUCGAUUUUUGUCUUAAUUGCGUUUUUGUUGUUGUUGUUGUUGUUUAUAUGAUUAUUGUAUAUUCUUAUUACAAUUGUUGGAUAUAGUCUUUUCCCUACUGACCUUUUCCCCAUUCCUUCUACUUCUCGCCGUUAGCACCAAGUGCUGUUCUUGUCCCCCCACGCGGGCACAUAAAGUAAAAAAUGGGCAUAAUGAUAAAUUAAUGAAGAAUUGUUUUUGACCUUCAGUUCCCCUUGGUUCGAUUCAAGAACUGCCAGCUGAGAAUUGUGACAAAAUAAAGAGGAGUGAAGGACACGCUGUUAGCGGAAAAUACUGGUUUUCCACUAUAAAAUCUGGUACAUCUGUUCUGGCUUAUUGCAAUAUGAAGACCAACGGUGAGUUUAGUCAGUUUCAUAAUCGUCCACUGAUUCUUGAGCCCUCUAACAAAUGCAGCUUUCCUUUUUGUCUGUUAUUUGUCAUGACAACUGAAAAGAUAAAAUUAAAAAAAUCUUACGGUUUUUUAUUACGCUGCAUCGCUGACUAAGGUUAACCUGGAGAUGUAAACUAAUCGGACACACAAAAUAAGACUUGAAAAAAGGAAAUUUUAAGAGCAAAAACUCAGGUUAGAUUUUUUAUAGUCUGCUACACAGCCGUGUUUUAAUGUCGUCGCAUAACGAUCGACAAUAAGAACUUUAGGAUCCAACGACGCGGACGGCAACAAGAACGUAAAAAAACGAUAGGUUUAAUGAGUAAAACAACAAGUCUGCAGGUGCAUCACGCCUUUUUGUACAUUUCUUUGCCUGUUUUUGCACAACCACGACGUGAAAUUGCCUACUUUCGCGUUUUAUGGAGUACGUAAGCAAGCAACGACGAAAGUUUGUUUCUCUCUCUGCACCGAGGAAUUCAACUUCAGGAGGGUUCGCCUACAUUUGACAAAGUAAGUGGGUAGGAAUAAUUGCGAUAAAGACUAAAAGAACGCAAAUUCACAUUUUAAGCGACGUUCUCGUUGCCGUCGCGUCCUUUGAUCUUUAAGUCCCUACUAAAAACUGCUGCUAGCAGACGUAUGUUAGAUAGGACUGAGUACUCUUGGGGUCUUCUGUAGGGGUAAAUGCGCUCAAUAAUGUUUGUUUGUGUAGACAUUGACGAAUGCAGUGCUUCUCCUGUAUGUGACAUCAACACUAACUGCUAUCAAAUGCUUUUAAGGACUACACAUCGAUAAAACCUUUCAAUAAAAAAUAAACAUAAUUAAUUCUUUGUUAUGUUGGAGCUUAACUCUAUUCAUGUUCGUUCAAAUACUCGCUACAACUCGCACUGCAAAAGUGAGAACCGGCUGACCGUAUAGGUGAUUUUGGCAAUUUUUAAACGGCUUAGCUAAAAGCCAACGCUUCAAAUACUCGUGGAUCUUUUUACUGCACCUGCAAGGAAGGGUAUACGGGCGAUGGAAAAACUUGCCAAGGUAGGAGAAAAUACUUUAUUUAACAGGGUUUGAACUAGGUAUAGUUAGUUUACUGCUCUACCAUUAAAGAUGGUAGUUUUCUAGGAAAGUGUGACAUCAUUUAAGAUGGCGACUAGUAAUGAGAUCCGCAUUAUAGUUUCUCAGUAUUACACAACAUCGGGAUGCUUGUGCACCACGUUUCUUUUAGGGGCCGCGCGUAAAUGUAACCUUUAAAGUCAGUUACUUAACAAAAGUGAUGUUUUUUGCCCACCUACUAUGACGAAAGAGAAACCUAACAAAAAAGAAAAGGGAAAUUAAAAAAAACUGCAUCGUGCUAUACAUGUAGCUACUGAAGACAGCACUAACAAUUAGCAGCUAGAUGAAAACUCAGCAACAUUUUGUUUCCCUUUUGAGGAAUUUUAAUCCCCCAGUGCUUUCCGCAUGGAUUGGACAGGACUGAAUAUAUCCAUUAGGAAAGUUAUUUUUACCAAAUUUUGUUUUUCUUAGACAUUGAUGAGUGCAGUGCUUCUCCUUCUGUAUGUGACGUUAAUGCCAUUUGCUCCAAUACUCGUGGAUCGUACCACUGUAUCUGCCAGGCUGGAUACAGUGGCGAUGGAAAAACUUGCCAAGGUAGGAGAAAAUACUUUAUUUAUAAUCUAAAGGUAGGUUAAAUAAAGAAUGGCGGUUUUCUGGAGCUCGUUCUCGUAAUUUUUAUAUUUAACCUUGAAUACAAACUACCACCCCCUCAGCGAAUUUUAAAAAGCGAAAACCCGAACAAAAUGAGUGAAGGAAGGAUUACACCAUGGUAGGACACGAUGGACGGACCGAAUGUGCAUUGAUUUAACCAACAAUAGAAAUGAAGAUAAACUCUUACAAGAUUCUGACGACUGCCGAGUUAAGGACAAAUAG